UGCGCCGCGGCGGCCGGCGGUGGGCGAGGGGCCGGGGCCGGGGCCGGCGGACGGCAGCGGCGGGGCCAGUGCGGCCCGUCUCCCUCACCGGAUGCUGCCUGACCUGCUGAGUUCCUCCAGCAUUUUGUGCGUUGCUCCAGAUUUCCAGCAUCUGCAGUCCUUCUUGUGCCUAUACAAAUUAGGAGCAGGUUUAGGCCACUUGGCUCCUCAAGCCUGCCCUGCUAUUUAUAUCAUGGGUGAAUUCAUUGUAGCCUCAACUCAGCCAAUCCAAGAACGCUACUUCUCCACAGUGAAAUGAAGACACAAGAAACUGCAGAUGGUGGAGUCUGAAGCAAAAAACAAGGUGCUGGAGGGACUCAGCAUCUGUGGAGCCAAAGGGACCGAUGAUAUUUCAGGUCGAGACCCUACAUCAGGACCUGAAGCAUUGACUAGCCCUUUACCUCCACAGAUUAUCCAAUGGCAGACCAAAAUAUGGACAUAUCCUCAACAAUAAAUGAUUUUAUCUCGACCGAUCCAACAGGAUUGAUAUCGAGCUCCUUGGGCACAGCAGGGAUGGACUUCACCAGGAAAAGGAAAGGAAGUUCCACAGAUUAUCAGCUUGAUGGCUUCUCAUUCGAGGACAGUAUGGACACAGACAAAGAAGACCAGAAUAGCAGGAUGGAAUGUACAGACCAACACGGGAGAGUGAAAAAUGCCAGAGAGGCUCACAGCCAGAUUGAGAAACGGCGACGGGAUAAGAUGAACAGCUUCAUUGAUGAGUUAGCAUCGAUGGUGCCAACGUGCAACGCCAUGUCUAGGAAGCUGGACAAACUCACUGUGCUUCGGAUGGCUGUACAGCACAUGAAGACCCUUCGAGGAGCUACCAAUGCUUACACAGAAGCUAACUACAAACCUGCUUUUCUGUCAGAUGAUGAGCUGAAACAUCUCAUCCUCAGGGCAGCCGAUGGAUUUCUUUUUGUUGUGGGCUGUGACAGAGGAAAGAUACUUUUCGUAUCUGAAUCGGUCUUCAAAAUCCUGAAUUACAGUCAGACUGAUCUGAUUGGUCAGAGCUUGUUUGAUUACCUUCAUCCAAAGGACAUCGCGAAAGUGAAAGAGCAGCUCUCCUCGUUUGAUAGUGCCCCAAGAGAGCGGCUGAUAGAUGCCAAAACUGGCUUGCCGGUUAAGACUGACAUAACUCCAGGACCCACCCGAUUGUGUUCAGGAGCAAGGCGAUCUUUCUUCUGCCGGAUGAAGUGCAACAGGCCAUCAGUCAAGGUGGAGGACAAGGACUUCUCUUCAAACUGCUCCAAGAAGAAGGCCGACCGCAAAAGUUUCUGCACCAUCCACAGCAGUGGCUACCUGAAGAGCUGGCCCCCUACGAAGAUUGGACUGGAUGAAGACAAUGAGGCCGACAACGAAGGCUGUAACUUGAGCUGCCUUGUCGCCAUUGGCCGUUUGCACCCUCACAUUGUCCCACAGCCAGUCAGCGGCGAGAUCAGAGUGAAAUCGACAGAGUACGUUUCCCGGCACGCGAUAGAUGGAAAGUUCGUCUUUGUGGAUCAGAGGGCGACAGUGAUUCUGGGAUAUUUGCCACAAGAGUUGCUUGGGACCUCGUGUUAUGAAUACUUCCACCAAGAUGAUAUAGUGCACCUUGCAGAGUGCCAUCGACAAGUAUUACAGAGCAGAGACAAGAUCACCACCAGCUGCUAUAAAUUCAGGAUAAAAGAUGGUUCCUUCAUCACAUUGUGUAGUCACUGGUUCAGUUUCCUGAACCCAUGGACCAAGGAAGUCGAAUAUAUUGUUUCCACAAACACUGUUGUCUUUGCCAGCUCGCUGGAUAGAGGGGACUCAGCCAAUCUGCCUCUCGCCAACACUCCUCCCAACAUGGGCAGCGUGCUACAGACUGGAGAAGCCAGUUCAAAGCGUGCUAUCACUUCUGUUCCAGGCAUUCCUGGUGGGACCCGUGCUGGAGCAGGGAAAAUCGGUCGGAUGAUAGCUGAAGAGGUCUUGGAGCUACAAAGAAUUAGAGGAUCAUCUCCUUCGAGCUGUAGUUCCAGUCCACUUAACGUGACCAGCACACCACCCCCUGACACAGCGUCUCCAGUCGGCAAGAAGGUUGUGAAUGGGGGCACAUCGGAUGUGCCCAGUUCAGGAGUUCUGCCCGGGCAAAUGACAGAAAGCACAGGAUAUCCAUACACGGACAACUCCUCUCUGCUCAGUGGCAGUUCGCACCUCGGUAUCGAUGCAAUCGAGGACCGUUCAGUGAGCAGCCCCAGUAAUGACGAGGCAGCCAUGGCAGUGAUUAUGAGUCUUCUGGAGGCUGACGCUGGGCUUGGAGGGCCAGUCGAUUUCAGCGACUUACCGUGGCCCCUCUGAUCAUCCUGACUGCUUCCAGAGCUCGAUGUGGACUGAUCUACAGAACAUUGAAUGUUGGUGGAGCUGCUCCUGGCUGCUAAGUGUGUUUGUUUGUCUACAUGUUGCCCAGAGCUGAAACUGUGGUACCUGGAACCCACAAGACAUAUGCCCUGCCUUUGCAUUAACCCUUGAUAAAACUGACAUUGAGGUUGUUCAGUUGAGGAUAUUUUGAGCUUUGCACAACUUUAUUUUUGUGGCUUCUUUCUGGAAUCUAGCUCAGCAAAGGGUGUUUUCUUUUUAAACACCAGAUUCCCUCCGUGCGUCACUUCUUUCGCAAAACUAAUCGUCAAAGUCGGCUUUAUUUUUGCUUCAUGUGAUGUUCUAUUCCAGACAUAUGUACAGAUAUUUAUCGUAUUAGCCGUGAAACGUUGCUUUAAAGCUGCAGAGUUUAAUCAGUUUGUACAGUAUUUUUUAGAGGAAUCAUGUAUAAAAGAAAUGGUCAUCUUUUAAGCUUAAAAUAUUUGUAUAUAUUGUGUAAACAGAAUUUGUACUGACACUAUUCUCUUUAACCUCUUGUCCUAACCCAGGCGUCAGUUUGCUUCAACAGGGACUUGCUAAUUUUUGUGUAAAUAUAUAUAUAAAAACAUUUUAAUUUAUUCCCUAACCUUUCUUCCCUUGCUUGAACAGUGGGUCUGCUGUUUUAACAUUAUACCUGGAAAUCUUCCAACAAUUGCAAGUUGUAGUUCUGCUGUUGAGUGUUACAUUGUUCUUUAUUGCAUAUUUUAUUUUUAAAGAAGAGCUGGAUAUAUAAUAAAGCAAACAGAACCUAUUAACAACAAGACUGUGUUUGGAGGAAGGACGGGCAUUACCCAGCUUGGAAGCUCAUGCCAGUUUGUUGCAAACACAGCAAGGACAUGGAGAAAGUUCACCAGUUACAAACUUGCCAAUGUUCUCUUUAUUUCUCUGAACCUGGUGGUUCAGUCAUACAAUAUGGAACAUAAGAAACAGGAGGAGGCCAUCUGGCCCGUCGAGCCUGCUCCGCCAUUCAAUAAGAUCAUGGCUGAUCUGGCCAUGGACUCAGAUCCACCUACCUGCCUUUUCCCCAUAAUCCUUAAUUCCCCUACUAUGCAAAAAUCUAUCUGUGUCUUAAGUAUAUUUAAUGAGGCUGCCUCUACUGCUUCCCUGGGCAGAGAAUUCCACAGAUUCACUCCUCUCUGGGAAAAGCAGUUCCUCCUCAUCUCCAUCCUAAAUCUACUCCCCCAAAUCUUGAGGCUAUGUCCCCUAGUUCUAGUCUCACCUACCAGUGGAAACAACCUUCCUAUCUCUAUCUUAUCUAUCCCUUUCAUAAUGUUAUGUUUCUAUGAGAUCCCCUCUCAUUCUUCUGAAUUCCAGUGAGCAUAGUCCCAGGUGACCUACUCUCUUCUCAUAGACUAACCCCCCUCAGCUCCGGAAUCAACCUGGUGAACCUCCUCUGCACCGCUUCCAAAGCCAGUAUAUCUUUCCUCAAGUAAGGAGACCAGAACUGCACACAGCACUCCAGGUGCGGCCUCACUGGUACCCUGUACAGUUGCAGCAUAACCUCCCUGCUCUUAAAUUCAAUCCCUCCAGCAAUGAAGGCCAACAUUCUAUUUGCCUUCUUGAUAACUUUUGCAAUUCAUGCACAAGCACUCCCAAGUCCCUCUGCACAACAGCAUGCUGCAAAAUAAUCUGAUCUCCUAUUUUUCCUUCCAAAGUGGAUGACCUCACAUUUACCAACAUCUGCCUGACACUUGCCCACUCACUUAAUCUAUCUAUAUCUCUGUACAGACUCUCCGCAUCCUCUGCGCAAUUUGCUUUUCCACUCAGUUUAGUGUCAUCAGCAAACUUAGAUACACUACACACUGUCCCCUCUUCCAAGUCGUUCAUGUAUAUCGUGAACAGUUGUGGGCCCAGCACUGACCCCUGCGGCACCCCGCUCACCACUGAUUGCCAACCAGAGAAACACCCAUUUAUCCCAACUCUCUGCCUCCCUCUAUCCAUGCUCAUACAUUACCUCCAACUUUUAUGCAGCACCUUAUCAAACGCCUUCUGGAAAUCCAAGAUCCACCCGUUCCCCUCUAUCCACUGCACUCAUUAUAUCCCCAAAGAACUCCAGUAAGUUUGUCACACAGGACCUGCCCUUCCUGAACCACUUCUAUCCUGAUAUUUCUUCCUUAAUGAUAGCUUCCCGACUACAGAUGUUAAGCUAAAUGGCCUAUAGUUACCCACCUUUUGCCGACAUCCUUUUUUAAACAGUGACGUGACAUUCGCUGUCUUCCAAUCCGCCGGGGACCUGCCCAGAGUCCAGAGAAUUUUGGUGAAUUAUUACAAACGCCUCUACUAUAACUUCUGCCAUUUCUUUCAGUACCCUGGGAUGCAUCCCAUCAGGACCAGGGGACUUGUCUACCUUUAGGCCCACUAGUUUGCUCAGCACUACCUCUUCAGUGACAGCGAUUGUAUCGCAGUCCUCACCUCCCACUGCAUCCAUAACAUCUCUCUUUGGCAUGUUAGACACGUCCUCCACCGUGAAGACCAACACAAAGUAGUCACUAAAGGCCUCGGCCAUUUCCACAUUAGCCAAUAUUAACUCCCACUUCUCAUCUUCCAAGGGACCUCCAUUCACCUUAGCCACUCUUUUCCGCUUUAUAUAAAAACUUUUACUGUUUUUAUAUUUUGUGCUAGUCAUAAUCUAUCAUCCCUUUCCUUAUUGCUUGCUUAGUGGUUCUUUGCUGCUUUUUAAAGUUUUCCCAAUCUUCCAGUUUCCCACUACUCUUGGCGACUUUGUAUGCAUGAGCUUUUAGCUUGAUGCCUUCCUUUAUUUCCUUAGUUAUCCGUGGCUGGCUCUCCCCACCCUUACUGUCCUUGCUUUUAACUGGAUUAUACUUCUGCUGAGCACCGUGAAAAAUCUUUUUGAACUGUCCCACCACACAGCCUGUGUUCCCUGUCUACGCUAGCCAACUCCUCCCUCGUCCCACUGUAGUCUCCCUUGUUUUGGCAUAAUACACUGGUUUUAGAUCGAACUAUUGCCCUCUCCAUUUGUGUGAGAAAUUCACUCAUACUAUGGUCACUCUUUCCAAGAGGAUCCCUAACUACAAGAUCGUUAAUUUUCCCUGUCUCAUUGCACAGGACCAGAUCUAAGAUCGCAUUUUCCCUUGUAGGUUCACCAACAUGCUGUUCAGGAAAGCUAUCACGGAUGCAUUCUAUGAAGUCCUCCUCAAGACUGCCUCGACCAACUUGAUUCACCCAAUCUAUGUGCAAGUUAAAGUCCCCCAUGACAACUGCUGUUCCAUUCUUACAGGCAUCAGAUAUUUCUCCGUUUAUUGCCUGUGCCACUGUAAUGUUAUUAUUCGGUGGCCUAGAGACAACUCCCACCAGUGAUUUUUUUCCUUUUACUAUUCCUAAUCUCUACCCAGAUGGACUCAACAUUCUGCUCCUUAGAUCUUAUAUUGACUCUCAGUAUCGCCCUGAUCUCACUCCCAACAUUACCCUACCUCCCUUACCUUCCUGCCUACCCUUCCGUAUUACCUAGUACCCUUGGAUAUUUAAUUCCCACUCAUCUCCACCCUGCAACCACGUUUCUGCAAUGGCCUCUAAAUCAUACCCCUUUGUACUGAUUUGUGCCACGUUCACUGACUUUGCUUCGAAUACUACAGGCAUUCAGAUCUAGUGCCCUCGCACUCAUUGUCCUUUUAGAAUCCAGUAACCUUUGUGUCCUUUGCGUUUGACUUUUCUGUUCUCCACUCUUACUUUUUUCUGACUUUUGCUCUGGUCUCUGCUUUG